AUGUGGAGCCGAAACCUGGUGCAAGAAACAGCCAGGCCUAAAUGGAAAGUAGCAGAGCGUGAGAUGCCACUUGAGAAUCCACAUGGCUCAGACUUUCGUCUCAAUGCAAGGUUUAUAAAGUUAGCACAACAACAAACUAGGCAUGAAGGUCAUAGUGGCACAUAUACCUCCAAGCAGUGUCUACAAACCAAGUUUAUGUGUUUUCCUUCAGAUCAAAGAACUAAACUACCAGCGUGUCCCAAUGCUACUACUCGACAUGGACUAUCUUCAUACACAUUUGGCUCCAAGAUCCUGAGAUGUCCUGCAGCCUACAGGCCCUUGGAAAAGGUUGUAAAUGGCCAAUGUAGGUUGGAGCAACCCACACCACGAAGAGCAAAUGGUUAUCACGGACGGCACGAAGAAGCUAGUCCAGUGCGUCCACACAUUGUGACAGUAAUUCGGCCAUGUGGUGAGCACAACCUGAGGAAGAUCUCUCUGCUUCUAAACCGACGUGCCGUCCAGACAUUUGAGCUGUUGAUGGCUGAUGUGUCAGAAGCUCUUGGCUUCCCAUGCUGGCACAGUGGUCGUGUUCGACGCCUUUUCAGCCCUGCAGGGCAAGAGAUACACAGCCUCUCUGAAUUUUUCCACUUUAGCAAUGCCUUUCUGGCCUUUGGAAUCAGUCGCCCAUCCAUUAGUGAAGUACAGGCUGCACUACAGGAGCUGUAUCCUGACAAUCCAAGUUAUUGUGACAGCUUGUUGAGGUUGUGGGAGCGGAUCCUGAAGCCUAAAGCUGCCAAGACAGAUAGCGGUUUCCAUGAUGAUGUGCCCAAGGACGAUUCAGUGACAAUCCAACCAAAAGCCAAUCAUUUGCAGCCAUUCAGAACACAGGUUAAGCCAAAAGACAGGGGCAGAAGAGAGAGGCAGAGAGUUGAAAGGGACAACAGGGAGGAUAGGAGAGCACACCAAUCACAGGCGAAAGAGGAGAGGAGGACUGACAAGAAGAAUGAGCCAGUUUAUUGUCUUAGCUGUAGAGGAGCUGGUCCUCCUAUUCCUCCAAUUGUAAACAAGAAGUCUGCAAAAUUGGAAUUGACUAACAAUGAGAGCAACACUCCUCUUUCCCAGGAUGAUAUUAUGAGAAACUCAUCACAGAUAAAAAAUGAUCCAAACACCCUUCAGAACAAAAUCCUAAUAUUGGGGGCCCAGGAAGAACCUCCAGUAGAAGCAGACAUGCCUAAAACAGAAAUGGUAGAGCAGAAAGACUUGUGGGAGAGGCUCCCACCUGAUGGAUUGCAUGUCUCUCUAGAGGAAAUCCAACACUGCUAUGACAUUGGGGGUGUGGUGGGUGAUGGGAACUUUGCAGUGGUCUAUGAGUGCCGUGUGCGUGGAUGCACCCAAAAGUUUGCCAUGAAGAUGGUGGACAAGGCCAAACUGCAGGGCCGAGGUCACAUGAUACAGAACGAGAUCGCCCUACUGCGUAGCCUGGCACACCCACGACUAAUACAGCUGCUGUGCUCACAUCACACAGACACACAUGUCUAUCUGUUAAUGGAGCUGGUGGCUGGUGGUGAUCUGUUUGAUGCUAUUGCCAAGUGUGGAAAAUUCAGUGAACCUUGUUCAGCUAGGAUGAUUCGAGACAUCAGCCAGGCUCUGGAGUACAUCCAUAACAAGAGCAUUGCACACAGAGACAUCAAGCCUGAAAACCUUCUAGUCCAAAUGCACAGUGAUGGCAGUAUCAAUCUGAAGCUGGCUGACUUUGGAUUAGCCAUGGUAGUGACGGAGCCAGUUUUCACUGUUUGCGGCACACCUACGUAUGUUGCUCCUGAGAUACUUGCUGAGACCGGCUAUGGUAUAGCUGUGGAUGUCUGGGCUAUGGGUGUGAUACUCUUUGUGCUGCUCAGUGGGUUUCCACCAUUUCGAAGUCCAGAACGCAAUCAGGAGGAACUCUUUCAUCUCAUCCAGAAAGGAGAGGUCCACUUUCUGUCACCUUACUGGGACCAUGUGUCUGAGGGAGCUAAAGCUCUGAUCAGUGCUCUGCUAAAAGUGAACCCCAGUGUGAGACUGACAGCCAGUCAGACUCUGCAGAACAGCUGGCUUCUCCAUGCAGCAGCACAGAGUGACCAGGAGGAGGCGACAGAAACCAGCAACAUCAACAUAAAUAGAAAGAAAGACACAUUAAGAUUGAGAAAACGUGGGAUAUGGGAAAAUCAGCCAAAACUAGAUAUAAAGACAGAGGGGGCUCAAGUGGCACAGAGUGAAGAGAACAGAGAAGAAAGCACAAAUAAAUACAGAGAAGCCAAUAGGAACAAUAAAGAUAUGCAGACUCCCGAGAGACCAUUACAAGUAAGAGAAAUCAACAAAAAUAGUCACAUGAUGGAAGUAUCAGUGUCAGUACAAAAAGCAGACAAACCUGAGUAGUCCAGGUCCUGGAUGCCCACAUUAAGGUAACAAUAUCAGCAUGGUGAUGAUCAUUAUCAAAGAAAAACAAGGUUGAGCAAAUUUGCAUUUCUUCAUAUCUGUAAUAUUACCACAGGAUUUAUUACUAACAACAUUUGCAAUAUGAUUUUACUGCAUGAUAGGAUGUAAAAAUACUCAAUAACAUCUUU